GCCAGUCUGAGGCAGCUCAGUUCUGCAGCGUCAGAGAGAGCAGAGAUAGGCCUGCUCCAUACGCAGAUGGGACCAUGAACUCCAGCCAUGGCUUUAGCCAGACCUACUCGGCCUCUGUCCACAGCCUUGGAGGCAGCUGGAGGAGGCCUGGGAGCGUCCCUAGGACCCCCAGCGUCCACGGAGGCGCAGGGGGUGUCCGCAUCUCCCUUUCCUUCACUACACCAGGCUGCCUGCCUCCUGGAGGGUCUUGGGGGUCUGGAAGAGGCGGCCCCCUGCUAGGUGGAAAUGGCAAGGCCACCAUGCAGAACCUCAAUGAUCGCCUGGCCACCUACCUGGAGAAGGUGCGCGCUCUAGAGGAGGCCAACUCGAAGCUGGAAAGCCGCAUCCUGCGGUGGCAUCAGGAGAGAGAACCCGACAACAAAAAAGAUUAUUCCCAAUAUGAGGAAGACAUCAGCCGCCUGCAGGAUCAGAUAGUGGAUGGUAAAAUGGCCAACGCUCACAUUGUUGUGCUCAUUGACAACGCCAGGAUGGCCGUGGAUGACUUCAACCUCAAGUAUGAAAAUGAACACUCCUUUAAGCAAGACUUGGAGAUUGAAGUUGAGGGCCUCCGAAAGACCUUGGAUGAUCUGACCAUUGUCACAACAGACCUGGAACAGGAAGUGGAGGGAAUGAGGAAAGAACUCAUCCUUAUGAAGAAGCGCCAUGAGCAGGAAAUGGAAGAGAAUCAUAUGCCAAGUGACUUCAAGGUCAACGUGAAGGUGGACACGACUCCAGGGGAGGAUCUGAUUAAGGUCUUGGAAGAUAUGAGGCAAGAGUACGAGUUGAUAAUAAAGAAGAAACAUCAAGAGCUGGACGCCUGGUUUAGAGAGCAGUCAGCAGCCAUGGCCCAGGAUGUGGCCAGCCCCGCACCUGUACAGGGCAACCAAAGUGAUAUCCAUGAGCUGAGACGAACAUUCCAGGCCCUAGAGAUUGACCUGCAGGCCCAGCACAACAGGAAAUCCGCUCUGGAAAACAUGCUGACAGAGACCCAGGCUCGGUACUCCUGCCGUCUCCAGGACAUGCAGGAGAUCAUUUCCCACUAUGAGGAGGAGCUGAUACAGCUACGCCAAGACCUAGAACGUCAAAACAAUGAACACAAGGUGUUGCUGGGCAUCAAAACCCACCUGGAGAAGGAAAUCGCCACCUACCGCCAGCUCCUGGAGGGAGACAGUGAAGGGACGAUGGAUGAACUUGAGUCAAGAAUGAAAGGAUCCGCAGCUUCAACGAUCAAGACCAUCACCCAAGAGAGCGUCAACGGAAGAGUAGUUCUUUCUCAAGUGAAUGAGAUCCAAAAGCAUGUGUGAGGCCAUUAAGUUUGCCUGUUAUAAAAAACCAUAUUCCCCCAAUGGGAAGUCCUUGCCCAGACACUAAUGGGUGAGUCUCAAUGAUAAUCCUUGGAGUUUUCGGAUUCAGAAACUUUUUUUCUAUAGUGACCCCACCAGACUCCCCAUGAUGCUCUUAAUAUAUUGCUGAAAGUUUUUGCGUGAAAGAAGAAGUUUGUGAAUUAAAGCUCUACUCUCCUGCUCUCCUGGUGCAGCCUUCGGGG